AUGAGCGUUGCACAAAAUUUGGUUCGCUUAUCUCUGAGUCGUGCUCGAGGUGACAACACCGCCGAUUGUCCAACCUUGUAUGAGCUUCUUAGUCAAUUGGGGCAAGGGGGAUGUGCGGACACCCGUGAUAGGAUCUGCUCACUACGUGGGCUGUUCCUCGAAGGGCCAAACCUACAAGUCGACUAUCUCAUUAGUACUCCUGCCCUUUUCUUCAACGUUCUAUUAGCACUUGAACGCAAAAGAGGAUACCGUGACUGCCUAGUCUUAAGGCAUGCUCUGAGCCUCACCCAUCAGGAUCUAGAGAACUACUGGACUAGUAAUAAGCGGCAUAACAGUAACUUUGAGAAUAUCACGAUCCACUUGGCGGAACUCAAGUCGAUCAAGGAAUGGAGCAACCCACUAGCUCCAGAAAUCGACUUUACUCCCUUACAUGACGAAAUUAGAUCCAGUGAUUAUAUUUGAGAGUUUGCACGCAUGCUGCACCUCAGCCACGCACUUAUUCUAAGAGAUGAUUCUAGUUCUGUUA